AUGCCAACCACUAGAGAUCAUCGCGAAAUUGUCAUUAUUGAUAUUGCCGGCGGAGCGUCAGGAAAAGCGGGUGGACUUCUUGCGCAAUGGGCUUAUCCCAGCAACCUCGUGGGCCUAAGUUAUUCGCUUCACGCCGAGCUUGCGAAAGAGCAUGAUGGAAAGACUAGAUGGGGCUAUCGAGAAACCAAUUGUGGCCAGCUCGUCGUCCGAGGUCGUGCCUUGACUGAAAAGAAUGAGAAGAAGGUAGAGAGCGGUAACUCCGAGUCGCUAAAGAAACGCAGCACCGCUGCGCUGUCCAAACUCAAGGCUGCUAAGAUCCCCGAAGAUUUGGAUUGGAUUGAACCAGAUCUCUUGCGAGCUUACGAGAGCAUGAGCGGGCCUGGGGAGACGGCUCAGGUUCACCCAUACCUCUUUACGACCUCAAUGGCAAACCUGGCAGAAGAGAAGGGAGCAAAGACCAUUCUUGGACAGGUUACAGAUAUCCUUCGUCCAAAUGGAUCGGUUGAAUCUGUGACUUAUAUCGACAAAACUUCAGGAGAGUCACACACAAUCCCCGCCACCGAUGUUAUUGUUGCUGCUGGCCCAUGGACCCAGCGUAUUCUUCCUGAAGUCCCCAUCGAAGGUAUGCGCGCUCAUAGUGUGGUCAUCCAACCAACUACACCUGUCAGUUCUUAUGCUCUGUUUACGAAUAUUGAGAUCCCUGCGAACUUCCAUCCUUCCAAGAGGUCUCGCCCGACGGUCGCGGCUCCAGAGAUCUAUACGCGCCCGGAUAACACGGUUUAUGCGUGCGGUGAUGGAGAUAAGAACGUUCCUCUACCCAGCACUUCUGCAGAAGUUGAAGUGAAUGAAGUGCUUUGCCAGGAUAUUAUUGAUCAAGUGGGUAGCAUCUCGGACGAGCUACGUGACGGGGAAGUUCUUACCCGACAGGCUUGCUAUUUACCCAACUGUAUCGGAACUGGAGGACCACUGGUAGGAUUAACCCACACAAAGGGUCUUUAUCUUGCUGCCGGCCACACCUGUUGGGGUAUUCAGAAUGGCCCCGGAACUGGCAAGCUUAUGAGUGAGUUCGUGUUCGAUGGCAAGGCUAAGAGCGCGAAGAUCGAAUCAUUGGAUCCUCGCGAUCAACUUUGA